AUGUUAAAGUAUCAUAUGAAAGGCUAUAGUGGUUACGGUGUAGCUUACUCACCUUUCUACGAUAACAAACUUGCGGUUGCUUCAGGUUCUAACUUUGGUUUGGUUGGUAAUGGAAAACUAAUAAUUUUAGACAUAAUGCCAAAUGGUCAGUUAGUAGAGUCUAAUUCUUUCCUAACUCAAGAUGGGCUUUUCGACUUGGCAUGGAAUGAAUCUCAUGAGAACCAGUGCCUUGUUGCUCAAGGCGAUGGUUCUUUGAGGUUAUUCGAUAUUAAAUUGAAGGACUAUCCAAUAGCCAUAUAUAAGGAACACCAACGUGAAGUAUUCAGCUGCAAUUGGAAUAUGAUACAAAAGCAGAUGUUUGUCAGCAGUUCUUGGGAUGGAAAAGUGAAGCUAUGGUCUUUGAUGAGACCUCAAAGUUUGAUGACUAUGAGUCCGAACGACACUAAUGCUGCUUCAACUCUCAGUAGAACCUCCGCUGUUGCGCCGGUACGUGUACCAAUGUCCAAUCAGAAAGAGCACCAGCACGCUGAUGGAAACAAAGAAUGUAUCUACCAGGCUACCUUUUCUCCGCAUGAUCCAAACCUAGUCUUAUGUUCUUCUGGAAAUUCAUUCAUUUCGCUUUACGAUCUAAGGGUGCCUAAUAAUGGGUUACCGCAACAUCAAUUUCUUGGCCAUGGGGGAUUUGAAGCCUUGACCUGUGAUUUUAACAAAUAUAGACCUCAUAUAAUUGCUACGGGUGGAGUGGAUAAGAUGAUAAAAGUAUGGGAUUUGAGAAUGUGCAGAAAAAUGCUGUCACAAGGACAUCAACCAAUCAACAUUAAUGAAAUUCAAGGCCAUGAAUUAGCCGUUAGAAAAGUGACAUGGUCACCUCAUCAUAGUAACAUGUUACUUUCAACAUCAUAUGAUAUGACGUGCAGAGUUUGGACAGAUCUAAGUGAUGAUGGUCAUGGGCUGACCGGGAAAACGAAUAGCAUUGAUCCAGCCCAUGGUUGUAGAUUCAUAUUUAUGGAGCAUUCCGAGUUCGUUUUUGGAGCAGAUUGGAGUUUAUGGGGUACGCCAGGCUUUGUUGCUUCGACUGGCUGGGAUGGUCAAGUUUGCAUUUGGAAUGGCAUAAGAUAG